AUGCAUGGCCGGCAGCUUUGUGUGUGCGUGUGUGCUGCAUGGUUCCUUGCAGCGAACGGCGAAGAUGUCACAUGUUUGUCUGAGUACUAUAUGGGGAGAGAAGGCUUCAGAUCUGUACCUUUGAGUCCCUUGGUCUACACUCCAAUAGCACACCGGCCAGACUGGUACUGGAAGAAAAUCUUCCAAAUGCGUGGUAUCGAUCCGGAGUCAGUGAAGUCGGGAUACACGGAGGCUUGGCUCGCCUUUCUGUUUGUGGAGGCCCAGGAGGCGAUGACUGUUUGCUCUAUCGAGGGUGGUCGCUACUGGGAUUGCAUCCUCGAUGUCCGGAAAGUCUACGAUCUGGCACAGGGCAGUGCCAGGUCCACUUUUGCGGGGCGAUUGGCAGCUGUGUUCGGCAUUACGCUAGCUGCACCAGACCCGUUGCCGGGCCACCUUCGGCUUAGCCUUUGUGCUCCGGCACGCUGUACCGAAAGCCAGGUCGUACAAGAAAUUUUCCCACUGGCUGUUGAUAUGUUGAUGGGAGAGAGGCCACAACAAAUGCUUGGCAAUGCAAGUUUCCGGGACGUCGUGGUGGCCCACGAAGUUGCUGGUUGGCACGACUUUGACAUAGACUUCGCCAUUGUCGGGGUCAACCGCUGUGGCACGACCUCCCUGCGAAAGAACAUGGAACUUCAUCCUGAUGUGGUGAUCAAAGGUGAUGAGGAGGAAACUAUCUUGAGUUACGAGCUAGCCAACCGCUUGCUGCCGCUGAAAGCACAAGUUGAGGAAUACAACGCGCAGGUGCAGGAAAGAAUCACUGCAAAGUUCAAAGCAACUGGACACCGACCUCACAUAGUUGGUAUUGGAAAUCCCCUUCUCUUCCAAUCUGCCCUGGUCCGGCAAAAGUUGGCUUUGAUGCCACAAUUGAAACUGGUUCUCGCCGUUUGCGAGCCGGUCGGUCGCAUGGAGAAGAUUUUCAUGAUGGAAAAAUACUGCCAUGAUGAUCUCCCUGCGGCUCAAAAGCGUCUUGUGGCCUGGCCUUACCGCGACGGCAGUGAAGUCUGUUUCCCAAGCACUUCGGCACUGCUGACGGAAAGACAUGGCCAGCUGAAGUUAUUUUGGGAUCAGCGGAUCGCCACAGCACAGCAUCUGGCAGCCUUGGCGGAGCUGUUUCCGAGUCGUCUGUUUGUUUUGCACCAAACAGAACUGCGUGACACACCGAGCAACAUCUUCAAUGAACUGGCGGCCUUCGUUGGACUUCGCCCUUUCCCCGAGAAGAUUGUCUUCAGGCGCUACAACUCCGUGGGGGGCCACCGAACAGAUCUCUGCUUCAAUGCCUCACUGGUGCGUUCACUGCAGAGACUUUUGGAACGUGAGUAUGUCAUGCAGGAGUCCAUUUUGCAAGCUUUUCGGGGCAUCCGCAUCGCCGCUAGAUCCACACGUUGUGACUUGGUCGACAAGGUCGACACAACCUACUGCCCCAAUAUGGCUUGCUAG